AUGUCGCUCUCCUCCUACCUUGCCAAAAACUACCUGACCGCCUCGACUCCAUCUUCUUCCUCCUCUAGCACAACCAAAAAGCGCAAACGCAAGACCGUCCCCCAAACUGGUCUCAUAAUAGCCGACGACGAUGCACCAGGCUGGUCGAAUCCCCGCGAACAAGCUUCUGACAACGAAACCCCCAUAAUCUCCAACCACGGCGGCAGUUCCGAAUUUCGCAAAUCAAAAAAGUCAUCAUGGAAAACCGUUGGUGUGCCAGCUCUCCAACCACAAAAUGAAGAUAAUGCAGAAGCAGACCGCAUUAUCCAAGAAGCCGCUGCUGAGAAUUCCGCCGCCUUACAUGUAGACGAAGAACCUACAAUUGAGGAAUCGCGGGGCGGACUCCAAACACGCGAUGAAGCCGCCGCAGAAUCCACAAGACGAAAACGCAACGAAGCCGCACAAUGGGCGCGAGAAUCACAGGGCGGAUCUAGCAAAAGCAAAAACAAAGACAAGGUAGAAGAAACCGUGUAUCGGGACGCCACAGGUCGAAGAAUAGAUAUAAGUAUGCGACGCUCCGAAGCGAAAAAAGAAAUGGAUGAAAAAGCGCGUAAAGAGCUCGAAGGAAAAGAAGCUCAAAAAGGAGAUAUACAACUUCUCGCGCAAGCAAAACGAAGAGAAGAAUUAGAUGAAGCGAGGUUUAUGACGGUAGCGCGAGGCGUGGAUGAUAUACAGAUGAAUGAGGAAUUGAAGGAAGUAGAGCGGUGGAAUGAUCCCGCGAUGCAGUUUUUAAGUAAAGAGAAGAAGGGAAAGAGUAGUUCGGGAAAACCAUUGUAUAAAGGUGCGGCGGCGCCGAAUAGAUAUGGGAUUCGGCCUGGACAUCGGUGGGAUGGGGUGGAUAGGGGGAAUGGGUGGGAGGCGGAGAGGUUCAAGGGGGAGAAUAGGAGGGUGAGGAAUAGGGAGUUGGAUUUUCAGUGGCAGAUGGAUACUUAG